CUGACAAGCGCCUGACGCAUCAGUUUCAUUCCGCCUGUAAACAAACAAACAACAGCCGUCGUACGAAUCAAAGUUAUUAUGACUCCAUUAAACCGAAUGGUGGCAUUAAUACUGGAUAACAUCAGCCUUUGAUCGGAAAACGUUAAGAGUUAAAGGUUUAGUUCAGGAUGUUGGAGAGAGUAACACAAAGUGUGAGAUUUGCUCAUUAUGCCAACACAAGUGCGUUUCCCACAGUGGAGAACAGCACAGAUUUUACACCAGAUCAAGAGAUCAACAUCACCAAACCACACACAUGUCUACAGAUACUCUAUGAGGAUAUCGGAGACUCCAGGGUUCGAUUUUGGGACCUGAUGCUGCUCAUCCCUAAUGUGGCAUUCUUGAUAUUCCUGAUGUGGAAACUUCCUUCUGCUCGGGCCAAGAUCCGUCUCACAUCCAGCCCCAUCUUUGUGGCAUUUUAUAUACUGGUGUUUGUAGUGGCUGCUGUGGGUAUCACACGUGCUAUAGUCUCCAUGACUGUUAGCACAUCCAGUGCUGCCACGCUCAUAGAUAAGGUGCUUUGGGAAAUCACGCGUUUCUUUUUAUUAGGUAUUGAGCUCAGCGUCAUCAUACUGGGACUGGCUUUUGGUCAUCUGGAGAGUAAGUCCAGUAUCAAGCGUGUGUUGGCCAUCACUGCGAUCUUGGCCCUGGCCUAUUCCAUCACACAGGGAACUCUGGAGAUUCGUUACCCAGAUAAACAUCUCUCGGCUAAAGACUUCAACAUCUACGGUCAUGGUGGGCGGCACUUCUGGCUGGCCAGUUCUUGCUUCUUUUUCCUGGUGUAUUCUCUGAUAGUCAUUCUUCCCAAAACUCCAGUCAGAGACAAAAUCUCAUUACCAUCUAAGAGGAGUUUUUACGUGUAUGCUGGGAUUCUGUCUGUACUGAAUCUGGUUCAGGGGAUCGGCAGUGCUCUUCUCUGUGCUGAUAUUAUUGAAGGCCUGUGUUGUGUUGAUGUGACCACAUUCCUGUAUUUUUCUGUCUUUGCUCCUCUGAUCUACGUCACGUUCCUCAAAGGAUUCUUUGGUUCCGAGCCAAAGAUCCUCUUCUCAUACAAGUCACAGAUAGAUGAGCCGGAAGACUCCGACGUCCACCUGCCCAACACUUCCUCAUCAGGUCUGGGCAGGAAAGAGCUGGAUCAUAGCUCGUACUCCAGCACACAGAUCGACGGCUCUGGAGCGUACCUGGAUGACGUGGUGUCGGGACCGUUUGGAGGAGGAAACAGCAUCGACAGCGAUCGCUGGAGAAGUCUUAAUGCCUGAGACACAGCGCGAGGUUUAAACACCGAACGUUUUCAACGCCACCUCCAGUUUACUUGUUGUUUGACCAGCUGAAGAGUUUGAUGUGCCGUGGAUUUGAGUUCAGUUUGUCAUGCACCACCUUGAAUUAGAAGUUUUUUCACGGUUGUUGUUUAAAAGUGGACUCUUUCGCUCUUUUUUCAUGCAUUCCUUUAUUGUAACUGUGUGCAUCAGAGAAUUUAAGCAACUUUGAUGUAGAUUAUCUAAAAUACAUCUGCUGAGAUAAUAAUCGAUUGCUGAUCAUUUAUCUGUACAACAUUUCAGACAUGAUUAGAUAUUUUACUGAUAUCAGUGUAAGUUUGAUUCAUUGUUUAUUCAUGUUUACUGCCGUGAGUUUUUCCACCAGGCAUUUCUUUGAGCUUUCUACACUAAGCUUGUGACUUCAGGACUCGGAUCCACAUUGGCUUUGUUCAUCUGCUUUAUAUCGGACUGAGCAUUCAUCUGUAUGUUUGUAAAGUCAUUUAUUACAGAUGCUAGAUCAUAGUUAGAUUUGAAAAUGUUUUUGCAUUUUAAUUUAUUUUAGAGAUAUGUUGAAUUGUACAGGUUUUUAGCCUGUUAUCAGUUUCCAGUUUGAAUUCGGUGUCUCUUUCUAACUGAUAGUGACUCUUGAACUCUCUGGUUUGUCAUAACAGAUAUCAUUCCAUAUAUAAAGAGUGCAUUAGAAAGAUCUCAUUACUAGAAUAAGGACCAUACUGAGAUAAAAUAUCAAAUAUGCUUCAUUUCAUUUGGUUAAAUGGUUGUAUAUGAAUAACAACUUUAUAAAUAGUGUACAAAAAUUUGCCAAGUACAUUUUGGUUAAUUUUGUUGUUAAAUGUCAAUUAAAUUUGGCCAGAGUAAAAUGUUUAUUUCUGUUUA